UAUAUCUAUAUCUAUUUAUAUAUGAAUGAAUUUAAAUCUCGGCGGUCACAGCUCUUGUAGUAGUCUGCGUUUUUAUGGAGGAUGUGGGGUUUGAAUUUAAUGGUGCUAGCAGGGCUUCUCAUUUUGUAGCCCGUUGGCUCGUCUGCACCAUUUCCGGAGCUCUUACCGGCCUUUUCGCUCUUGCUGGAGCUUUCACAGGAGCUAUUGCUGGUGCUCUAGCAGGUAAGGCUUCUGAUAGUGGCAUCCUCCGUGGAGCUGGACUUGGUGCCAUUGCUGGGGCUGUGCUCUCUGUAGAGGUUCUGGAGGCAUCCCUUGCUUACUGGUGUCUAGAACGAUAUGGGUCAAGGAGCUCAUCUUCAAUGGCAGAUUUCAUAGAGGAGCUUUUUCAUGGGAGAUUUAUGGAGGAACAAUUUACACCAGUAAUGUUAACUGCUUACCAUUGGCAGGUUAGCUUUGCUAAUAUAGGUUAUGAUGAGAUUCAUGAUAUUUAUGGUGGAGUUGCACCCAGAGGAUUGUCAGAGGAUUCAUUGAAGAGAUUACCAUGCCAUAUGGUCGUGGAGGAAACCAAGGCAGCACAAAGUAUCUGUUGUACGAUAUGUUUGCAGGAUAUUGAAGUAGGAGAAACUGCAAGAACCUUGCCCCAGUGUCACCACGUUUUUCAUUUGAAAUGUGUGGACAGAUGGCUCAUCAAUCAUGGUUCAUGUCCUGUAUGCAGACAGGAAGUAUAAAUUCAUAUAGGAUCCUGAUUGUGUAGAUAUAAAGUGUCUGUAAUUUGAAGGUGAUUACUGUAAAAUAUAGCUUCCCCCACAGAUUUAGACAGUCUGCAAGUAUUGUGGUUAUGUAUAGAGUCAGGGAAUUGUUAUUCUUUGGGUCUGUUUAGAUACCGCUUAUUGCUGAAAACUGAAAACACUGUAGCAAAAUAAUUUUUAAAUGUGUAAAUAGUGUUAUGGAAUCUAAUUUUAAUGAAAAUUUUGCUGAAAAGAGUA